AUGAUGGCCAGAAGAGCUGUUGUUUCUGCAAUUGAUCUCAUUCAUGAAAGAGGAUUUGUCAAUCGAUGGUCGCAGCAUAAAUCGGGUAUUCUCUCUCCUCUGUUCUCUCUCUUCUCUUCCGAGGCUUUUCAACCUAAGCGGUCUAGAAUCGAUUUCAGCUGUGUUAAAGAAGUAGACGAUGUUAUUGAAUUGUUUCAAAAAAUAAAGAGUUUGCGGCAAGAGCCUUCUGUUCUCCUGUAUAACAAACUCAUGAGUGUUAGUGUAACGAUUGAGCAGUAUUAUAUUGCCCUUGAUGUGUUCGGCGAAAUGCUUAGGAUGGGUGUCCCGGUUAAUGAUUACACAAUGAGUAUUGCUGUCAACUGUUGUUGUCUCUUGAAAGAUAUAUAUUCUGCUUUUUCUGUAAUGGGAUUCUUUCUCAAGAGAGGUCACGAACCAGAUGUCGUGACUUUCGGCACUCUCAUAAAAGGGUUAUUCUUAGUUAAUAAGAAGGCUGAAGCCGUGAAACUGUUCGAAAAGAUUUUGGAUUUAAAACUUUGUGAGCCCAGUAAUGUUAUGAUUCUGCACGUGAUUGAUGGGAUGUGCAAAACUGGACAGGUCAUUGAAGCCCAUGAUUGGCUUCAUAGAUUAGAAAGUAUUGGGUGGAGUCCUAACGUUAAGGCUUAUAGUGCACUAAUUGAUGGAUUUUGCAAGGGCGGAAUGGUGAACAAUGCCUUCAAGGUUCUAACCAAAAUGGUUGGGAAGGGUGUUUUACCUAACGUCGUCACUUAUAGUUCCAUGAUUAAUGCAUACUGUAAGGAAGAAAAGAUGGAAGAGGCUGAAAAUAUGUUGGAAAUAAUGACGCAACAAAAUAUUUGUCCCGAUGUCUUUACUUAUUCUUCGCUUAUUGAAGGGCUGUGCCUGAAGGGUGAAAUCGAAAGAGCGAAACAGGUACUUGAUUCCAUGGUAGAGAGGGGCCUUAAACCCAAUAUUGUUAACUAUAGCACCUUGCUAAAUGGAUAUUGUAAGAAGGGAAGCGUGGAUGAAGCUUGGCUUAUUUUUUUUGAAAUUUCCGGUAAAGGUCUCGAGCAUAAUGUGCAAACUUAUAGUACAUUAUUGGAUGGGUUGUUGAAGCGUGGGAUGGUUGAUGAAGCUCUGCUUCUGCUAUCCGAGAUGGUGGAGAAGGGCAUCUCGCCUGAUGCUGUCACAUGCAGCACAUUGAUCGAUGGAUAUUGCUCGCUUGGCGAGAUGGUUAGAGCUAGAGAGCUCUUCAAUUCGAUGCCAAAGAGGGGAAUCAAGCACAAUAUAUUCACCUAUUGUAUCUUGAUUAAGGGAUACUGCAAGGCGGGAAACCUUGAUGAAGCGUGGCGUUUCUUCAAUGAAAUCUCGUGUGUAGGUCUCAAACACUCGACCGUGUCAUACAACACGAUGAUGCACGGGCUAAUACGCCAAAGUAGUUUUUCAGACGGGUUGAAGCUUUUCCACGAUAUGGAAGCUCAGAAUCUACAUCCGGAUCUCUACACCUACAACAUCUUGUUGGAUGGCUUGUGUCGAAUACGUCGGAUUGAUGAGGUGUUUGCGGUUUUGACGGUGAUGGAGGCGAGAGGUGUGAAACCUGAUAUCGUAUCGUAUGGUGUUCUGAUCAACAGCUUAUGCAAGGGCGGAAGACUUGAUGAUGCUACGAGGCUCUUCAACCAUCUCCCUUCCAAGGGCUUAAAUCCGGACGUACAAAUGUACAACAUUAUGCUCAACUCCCUCUACAAUGAUGGGCGCGAAGGGGAGGCUAGGAGGUUGAUGGAGGAGAUGGACAGGAGCGGCUGCGCACCUAAUCGCGUGACGUUCAAUAUUAUUGUGUGGAAUCUGGUGAAGAGCAAAAGGUUCCAUGAGGCAAUUCCUUUCUUGGAGGAGAUGUGCAGGAGAGGAUUUGAUGUGAAUUCGGAGAUCAUUUCUGCUUUGCUUCAGGAACUUAGAAGAGGAGAAGGUAAAGAUGAGAAAUUGCAAGAGAUUCUUAAGAAAGUUUGUGCUCAAAAUCGACAAGUGAAUGUUCUAUUUUGAGGAUAAUUUAUCACGUGGGAUUUUCACUUGUCAAGAAAUGAUUCAUAGAGUGCUAAGAGUGAUAUAUACUUGAAGGGAGUUCCACCAUCGGGUGGUCUUGCUGCACUGUGUCUUGUGCUAGUAUGGAACCAUCUGCUUUGAGUUUCUCGUCUUGUUGUUAUUUUGCAAGCAUUUGCAUGUGAUGAAUUAACUCCGUGUUGUCUGAUUUCGCCGUUUUCCAUCAGCCAUUUCCGCUACUUGGAAGAGUAGCCUUUUGAUUUUCACAUUUGCUAGAAUUGUAUUUUAUUGUGGAACGACUUUAGUCCUUGAUUGCACCAGAAGAUCAUACAUUCAACUCUCAGAUCAUCUCUAGAUUCAUCUCGAGGGCCAGAGACGAGACGAGACGAGGAGGAAGAAGGAGAAUGUUUUAUUUUAAAGAAUUGGUGAUGAUGGAAGGUUGGAUUUGGAAGGGGUUUUAUAUGCAUGCUUUUUUCUAAGUGAGUGAAAGUGAUACAUGCAUAUUCAAAUUUUCUUUUCCUUUUCCUAAAAAAAGAGUCCAUGUACUUGACUACUUUCAUUAUUUGGUAGCAGAAGAACUGGAUUUUGCUAGAUUCAUGUGCUCUCUGUGAUUAAGUUGGACCUAAUUAAUGUGAAUUGGAAGAUUAUUGUUAAUUGAUGCAUGAAAUGUUUGACGAGUGAAUUCCUAGGUAGCUAAAACAUCUGACUUAUAUAUGUUGGGGAAAUGGAAAAAAAGAAAUGAAUAGUCUUGAAUUUUUUAAUAUGUGUUUGUUUUUGUUUGGUUCUAGAAUGGGAAUGGACUUAUUUUGCCCAUACAAACAUUUGGAAAAUUUAUAUUUGGGCCUUAUAUAAUUCCAAGAUCAUUUAUGGUUUGCUUGAUGAACUAAGAAUAGAAGAAGGUAAAGAUGAGAAAUUGCAAGAGAUUGUUGAGAAAGUUUGUGCUCAAAAUUGAGAGAGGUAUAUUACAAGGUAAUUUUUCUUUUGGCAUUGUAAAUGCAAUUGCUUUUGUACGUAUACAAAAAAAUGUUGUGGAUGUUUGCAUUUGCUGCUAGUACUCUUGGAGAUGAUGCAUUGUGUUCGUUAGCAGAAAGGGCUACAUUAGUGUCCCGCGGAAACACAGCCCGGGUGCACGGGGACGCAAGCUGGCUCAGAUAUGCCGCACCAUCGCCUCAGGCUCAGAUGAGACGCGCCAUGAAACUGCAUACACCAAGAUAAUUUUUUUUAACUAUCGGUAGGAGUUGAAGUUUAUUUGUGUUGCUAAAUCUUCACGAGGAGUAGCUCUACUUAUAACUAUUUUUUUUUUCAAGACUGUGAACUGCAGGAUGUUUUGUAAGGCAAUUUUGAUUUGCAGAAUAAGUAUUUCUCUGCUGAAUCUGUGGUUAGAUGAGUAAUAUGUUUGAUGAAUUUUCUUUUCA